AUGUAUAUUUCUAGUAUAAUCAACGAAGAGUUACUAUGGCGAUAUGUUCCGUGGAUAAUGGAAAAAGAUCAAGCGUUGGCCGUUAGGGUAAACUAACUUUAUUUAUACUGGAUAGCUCUAGCAGUUCUAAACUGUUCUUCCUAGAGGUCCAGUAAGGAUCAUCUCUUAUUAAUCCAGUGUUACUACAGGAGGAAACCAAAACUAAACUAACUUUAUUUAUACUGGAUAGCUCUAUCGGUUGUAAACUGUUCUUCCUAGAGGUCCAGUAAGGAUCAUCUCUUAUUGAUCCAGUGUUACUACAGGAGGAAACCAAAACUAAACUAACUUUAUUUAUACUGGAUAGCUCUAUCGGUUGUAAACUGUUCUCCCUAGAGGUCCAGUAAGAAUCAUCUCUUAUUGAUCCAGUGUUACUACAGGAGGAAACCUAAACUAAACUAACUUUAUUUAUACUGGAUAGCUCUAUCGGUUCUAAACUGUUCUUGCUAGAGGUUCAGUAAGGGUUAAUUAACCAUUGUGUAUGAUUUUUCUUUCUCAGAUAUUCAGCGAAAGUUCACUGGAUGAAGCGACGGAGAAACUGCAGCCAGAUUAUAUUUUAGAAUAUUUUAGUAAAUUUCCAAUCGCGUUGCAAAAAUAUUUGGAAUUUUUAGUAUUUCAAAAAAAGUUAGAUGUGAGUUCGUUUAAAUUUUGUGUAAUGCAUUUAAUAAAGUAGAUAGCUCUAUUAGUUCUACAUUGUUCGUCUUAGAGGUCCAGUUAGGGGCCUCAGGGCUAUCUCUUAUUGACCCAGUGUUUAUUACAGAAGGAUAAUCGCCUGAGGUGAAUGAGACAAUUGCAUACUUAGGAUGAAAUCCUGGUCACAGAGAGGUGUAAGACACAUGUACUAUCGGCUACUAACACCUCACAUAUGUUUUUUUUAGAAAGAAAAGUACCAUAGUCGUCUUGCGAUAUUUUAUUUGGAUCAAGUCCAGAAUUUAAAGAAGAACCCAAAGUCUUCAAAAGAAGCGAUUGAUAACGCGAGGUAUACUGUGAUGGUGAUGAUGGUGAUGAUGAUUAUGAUGAUUAUGAUAAUGAUGAUAAUGAUGGUGAUGAUGAUGGUAUGAACAAACUCGAAAUCAACUUCAGUAAUCUUUUUCGUGAAUAUUUCAUUCAGGGUUUCGCUACAGUCAAUGUUAAAAUUCUCCUCACUCUACAACGCGUCGCUUCUGUUGUCAAAGAUUCCAGAAGAAAGUGGUUUGGAUCUAGAAACAGCCAUGUUAUACGGAAGGGUAAGUCUAGCGCGAAUUUCUCCUUGUAUUUUUAAGGCAGUUGCAUCCCUACCGAGCGACGUCUAGUGCCGAGCGUUCUUCCUGCAGUAACACUGAGCAAUAAAGGAUUAUCCUUUCUCGACCUAUAGAGUUUAGAACAGACUUGGCCUCGUAGCUCAGUUGGCAGAGCAUUGGACUAGUAUCCCAAAGGUCGCGUGUUCGAUUCCCACCAUGGUCAGGCUAACUUUUCAGCCUGCCCGGUGUGGAUAUACACUCAAGCCGCGUUCACACCAGCGGCCCUGGCCUGGCCUGGACCUGGCCUGGGCCAAUUGUGACGCAUUCACACUUGCUUGACGCCCAACUCCAGGCCAAAGCAAUCAGGCGUCAAUAUAAACGUCCUUGUGUUCCACUAAAGUAUUUAAUUUCGCGCUUUGAAUGUUUUUCCCUCCAAUUGUAUGACAAUCAUCUGACCAGUUUUUAUCGUGGGCAGAUAUUGCGAUGGUAACGGGGCCUCGCCCAGGAAAAACCCGUUCACACCAGUGAUGAUCGAGGCCCAGGCCAGGCCAAGGCCAGAUCCAGGCCACCUACAUUUGCUGGCCUGGAUUUCUUGACUUAGGCCAGGCCUAGGCCAGGCUCAGGCCAGGUAAAACCCGUUCACACCUAGACCCAGGCCAGGUCCAGGCCAGGCCUGGACCGCUAGUGUGAACGCGGCUUCAGAGUAACAUCAAUAACUAAUUAUUCAUGUGAGUACAUAACAUCAAAACAAACGCAAGAAAUAUAUAUCAUGAGUUUAGAACAGUUUCGAAUAGAGCGAGCUUUGUCAUACAAAUAAAGUAGAGCCAUUCAGGAAGUCAGAGUUGCCAAACUAAAGUAUUUUACUUGAUUAUAUUUUCAGUUGGAACAUCAUGAAAAAGCUUUGAAAAUUUAUGUUCACGAACUGGCAGAUUUUGACGGCGCUGUGGCUUACUGCGAAUUCUACUCCAAGGUUGCUUCAUGUAUUUCGUAUUUUUACCAAACUUUUCAUCACUAAGUAUAAUUAAAAAAAUAUUAUCCAACUUAAUGUGAUGCAAACUGGUGAUAAAAGUUUAAUCUUUUUCUUUUUGUUGACAGGGUCACGACAGGAGUUAUCGUAGAAAACUAUUUUAUCUCUUACUGUCGGUGUAUUUACAGUCUGGAGUGUAAGUUAUAAUACUUUUAGUAUUGUGUCUUAUAGUACUUUCAACAAUAUUUUUGUACAAACAAGCUGAUCAAAAUACGAGAUGAUGGCAAGCUUUUUGAUUUUUUUUUUCAGAAAGCAAACAAAUGAUAUGGUCGUGGCAGCCGUGAGCUUACUCAAUUCUCAUAUUCAGGAUUUUGAUCCGGUGAAGGUCGGUAAAGUUGUCGCAAUAUAUUUAUUUCACAUAGUUUGACUGUUCAUACAAUGAUUUACCCUCAGGCACAUGCUGGCGAUUUGACUCUACGCAAAAGGAUAUACAAUUACUUUAUGGUUUCCGUGUUUGGAUGGCCUGAUCCAAACACGCGGGAAUGUUGCGAGAGUUAAGAAAAGCGAGCGAAAUCACGAGCCGAAGGCGAGUGAUUUUGCCCGCUUUUCUUAACUCGAGCAACAUUCCCAAGUGUUUGGAUCAGUCCAUCCAAACACGGAAACCAUAAAGUAACUGUUUUAUAAAAUAACAACAACACGGUAGUCUUCCGUGUUUGGAUGGCCUGAUCCAAACACGGCUUUCGACCAAUCAGAACACGCGUUAUAUACAUGUUAUUUUAUAAUGACUCUUACUGUACCUCUAGGGAGAACAGUUUCCAGUAUAAAUAAAGUUAGUUUUGUAUAUUUAGGUUAUGGAAAUAAUUCCAGAAGAAUGGUCAGUAAGGUUAAUCUCACCUUUCCUGAUCGGCUUGUCCCGAGACAGCUUGCACACCAGUCGUAAUACCAAACUCAGGAAGAAUUUGAUGAGAUCUGAAAAUAUAAAGGUACGUGGUUAUGUUUGUGCUGGUAGUGAUGAUGAUGAUGAUGAUGAUGGUGAUGAUGAUGAUGAUGACGGUGAUGGUGGUGGUGAUGAUGAUCAUGAUGAUGGUGACGAUGACGAUGAUGGUGAUGGUGAUGAUGAUGAUGACGAUGAUGAUGGUGAUGGUGAUGGUGAUGACGAUGAUGACGGUGAUGGUGGUGAUGAUGAUGAUGAUCAUGAUGAUGGUGAUGAUGACGAUGAUGGUGAUGAUGAUGAUGAUGGCGAUGAUGAUGAUGAUGAUGAUGAUGAUAAUGAUGGAGAUGGUGAUGAUGGUGAUGGUGAUGGUGAUGAUGAUGAUGAUGAUGAUGAUGGAGAUGGUGAUGAUGAUGGUGAUGAUGAUGGUGAUGAUGGAGAUGGUGAUGAUGAUGAUGAUGGUGAUGAUGGAGAUGAUGAUGAUGAUGAUGGUGAUGAUGGUGAUGAUGAUGAUGAUGGUGGUCAUGAUUUACUUUAUAUAAAUUUAAUAUCACAUAUUUCCCACUAUAUAGAUGAAGAAAGGCUACAUAUCCUACACAACUAAACCAGUCACAAUAACUGAAGAAACGUGAGUAUUAAACUUCCUAGAUCAGUUCUCCUGGAACGCUCAUUAUUCAGCCAGCCUUCACACACAGGAGGAAACUGUAGUGCCUAGAAAAAAUCCUGCGGUGUUUGGUAGAGUCAUAUGCAACUGAGAUUUAUAAUGAGACAACUGCGUAUUGCAGGAAUCAAACCUCGCUCACAGAGGUCAAAGAUGGCACAAUAAUCUAUCCAUACCAAUCAUUUCAACUUACUGUUUUGUGUUUCAGUUAUUGUCGAGUUUGUCGGAGACCGUUCAACGACAGCAACAUAGCAAGAUAUCCAAAUAACAUUAUCACUCACGUCCAUUGUGCAAGACACAAAACUCUUUGUCCCGUCACGGGGCAACUUUUCUCUGUAAAUGAUGGAGAUAUAUAAAUAUAACAUAUGAACUGAUUUAAAAUAGUCGAGUUUCGCAAAGCACUAUCGUGCGGCAGAUGGUGAUCAACCUGCAGUUAGAAAAUAAUGUUCAUUCUUUUCAUUAUAUGUGAUAGUCUUGUUUUAGAGGCGAACAAAUAGAAUGGGCAAUUCCAGCUUUUGACUAAAUUUUGAUCUAGGCAAGAAGAACAAAAUCCAUCACCACAGCUAGAAAGAGCAUGUUAAAAUGAGUAAAAUUGCAAAGUUUGGUUGCGAAAUGUUGUAAAAUGCGGAAAAUAUAGCCUUGCAAAGUUCGCAAAUUUUGUAUACUUUUGUAUUGCGUGCGGAAAUUGCUACCACAUUUGGGCCGAAAAUCGUAGCAAUUUCCGCACGCAAUACACAAGUAUACAAAAUUUGCAAACUUUGCAAGGCUAAAUUUUCCGUAUUUUACAACAUUUCGCAACCAAACUUGGCAAUUUUACUCAUUUUAGUAUGCUCUUUCUAGCUGUGGUGAUUUACUUGCAUCUCCUUGCCUAGUUUUAAAAUUAGUCUAUACUGGGAAUUGUCUAUACUGGGAAUUGUCUAUUACAGACCUUUUGUGGUAGAAGCUUUCUCAAGCGAGAUGACACAUCGAAUCUACCGCAAAAAACACAUAUAGAAAUUUCUACUUACUCUACUAUAAAACGUGUUCGGUGUUUUAAGACUGUGCUGUUGUUUUCUGUCAGUCCUGCAAUUGUACAAUCUGUUAGUGGACAAUUUAUUAUCUAAUCAUGUAAAUAGAAAUGAAAUAUAUUAAAUUUAAUAAUUACCUGUGAUGAAAUACCAUUCUCGCAUUGGAAAAUAAAACUUCAUAAAGUAGGAAUGUUAUAAUAUAUAACGCCAAAUUCUCGACUACAAAGUUUUAAUACAAAAAAUAUGAACAAUAAAUAAAAAUAUCAAACAGAGCUUUCCUUAUAACGAUUUUUUCGCUCAUCUUUUUUCGUUUUUCGUUUAAAAAAGCUUCUGAUUUUGCUAGUUUUGCUUUUCAUUCGUCGGGUGCUCGUGCCUAACUCGCAUUCAGCCGGUGCAUCUUCGAUAAACGUCGUGCUGCCGUCGGGACUGGGCGGAACGUUUUCGCAAGCGGCACUUGUUGUUCCCAUUUCGGGAUCGGUCGGGUUAACUUUGGAACAUGACGGUUCAACUUCGAGAUCUGUCGCCGAAUUCUCGGGAACUGUCGGAGUAACUUUGGGAUCUGUCGGAGUAACUUCGGGAUCUGUCGGAGAAACUUCGGGAUCUGUCGGAAUACUCGCCACAUCCUCAGUAGUAUUUGCCGUGUGCUCGUGAACGUUCGCCACACCUUCGCUAUCGUCCGCUACACUGUCGUCGCUAUGUCGGGCACGUUCGGCCAUAUCAAUAGGGAAUGAACUAAACUUCCCGGAGACAUCGUCAUCAUCGACAGUGUCGACUAUAAUAUUACUCAGUUUCGCCAUUUGUGAACUGAUCCUGCAAAUGGAUUGGGUCAGAACUUCUUGUUCGAUGUCCUCCUCGUCAUCAUCUGAAA